AAGAGGGCGUUAAACUUUAAAAGAUUUGGCAUACUAAAUAGCAUAUUACAAAGAUGUUCCUUAUAGGAUUUAAAUUAACUUUAGCGUUAAAUCAGAUAUGUAGGGACAGAAGUGUUAGGAACAAUUAAAUAUCUGCAUAAUGUCUACUCUUUCCCACAAUAGUAAAUGUUUGGAAUGUUUUAUUUUUAUACUAAUUUCUUUAUGUUUUAUACAAAACUCUGUUAGUCAGAACCUCUCAAAUAGAUCUGCUUUCUCAAGUGUUCUCGGCGCAAAAACUUUCUGUGAAAAAUCAGAUUCUCCUGCCACAGAUGAGUUUGAAAAAAGUGAUUUAAAUAAUGCGUCGUUUGUUUCCCUAUUUUUCAAAAACUUUUUAAAUAGCAAUACAAGUAAUCAGUGUAAAGAUAGUCUCGUUAUUUAUUUGAACGAAGUUAUUAAUUUAAAGCCAUGGGCAAUAGAAAUGCUGGAUGCAUCAGGAAAAAUAUCGAGCAGCAUUUUCAGUAUAACCAUGGUCGACUACGGAUCUUUGGACGACUGCAUCAAAGUAAAGGCAACUUCAAACGACGGAGAAAAAUUAUUUAAAGGGAAGUUUUGUAUGGUGCACUUGAAACAUCCUCUUUUCCAAACACCAAACCGUAACCCAUUAAUUGGAAAAAGCUACGGUGAAGCAUUCGGUGUACCUCCUGAAUGGAUUAGGCACCAUAUUGAAAGUCACAUACCAUUAAGAUUUGCCUACCAUGGGGGAAUAUGCUUGCCAUCUACCUGCACUGAUGAAGAAGUUGAGAACGUCAUCAGUACUCUUGUGGAACCAUUGGAUUUAGAUGCCAUUCUUACAGACUGCCAAAUUGAGGAACCUCUAGAAGUACCUAUUUCAGCAAUACUUUGUAUGAUAUUUUUUGGGACAGUGUUAUUUGCUUGCAUCUGUGGUACAGUAUUAGAUUUAAAUGACCGUAAAAUGAAAAAGAGUCAUAUGAAAUAUUCAGAUGAAAGCUUUACUAAACGAUUGCUGAAAGCUUUCUCUCUUUAUACUAAUACAGUAGAGUUAUUCACAGAGAAUUCCAACCAAGCGUCUCUGAAUUGCGCUCAAGGACUUCGGGUGAUUUUGUGUUUCGUGAUCUUGUGGGCACAUCUUAUAAUGUUUCCGACUCCGGGGAAAGAAAUACGUUAUAAGAAUUUUCAUUUUGUAUAUGAAGUUUUAGAUCCCAUUGUGGAAAAUAAUGGGGUAACUUUUGUGGAUUGCUUCUUUACUCUCAGUGCCUUUUUGCUUAGCUAUCAUACAUGGCGAGCAAUUGAGCAAUCAAAAGGACAUUUGAAUGUUUUUAGAAUUGUUUUACACAGGUAUUGCAGGUUGACUCUUCAAGUAGCUACCUUAGCGCUACUUUAUCUAAUCUUGCCGAUAUUGAGUUCGGGUCCGAUUUGGAAAUCUUCUUGGGAAUCUGAACUUGAAAAUUGUUACCACAAUGGUUGGAAAAAUGUGCUGCAAAUUCAAAAUUAUGAUCCCUUGAAUGAAAUUUGUUUGGUGCAUACUUGGUUCAUGGCUAACACAAUGCAGCAUUUGGUAAUUUCCCUUCCUUUGAUGAUUGUGAUUUACAGGUACCGCAAAGCUGGAAUAUUUAUGGGGUUGCUAUUGUUUUUUGUACCAUGUUUUUAUUAUGGCUAUCAACUCCUUAAACGCCAAUAUCCAUUUCUGUCAUUCAACUCACUCAUAUUAGUCCAUGUUGUUGAUGAAGCAAUAACACUACUUUAUUCAAAUCAAUCUUACCACCUCCCCGCCCAUAUGAUUGGGAUGCUCUCUGGUUGGGUCUGUCUUAAAUAUGGAAAGAAAAAGCUACCUAAGAUUUGGGUUAUUACUGGAUGGAUUUUUUCUAUCCUGUGCUUCAUCGCAGUCACAGGUGCAGUAUUUUUACCGAUAAAAGACUUGAGAAUUAUUACAUUCUAUAACAUUGGUAGAAUUUCUGCCAUGGCUUUUAUAACUAGUUGGAUACUAUACUCCUGUGAGGCUGGUCAUGGAGGUAAUAUAUAUUUUUUUAUCAUAUGUAUAAUAAAAAAAGGAAAAAAAAAAUGUGUGGGUGAUUCUUUUUAAA